CCGGCAACUUGUAGGGGAGGAGCCGCCACCCAGCAGCGCGGAAACCUUGCUCUGGAGCCGCCUGCCUCCACUUUCCCGGCGUUAUGAGUUUGCCGCUGGCUUUCGAGGCGGAGCGGGAUUUUUUUUUUUACCUCAGCAGCAGCUCGCUUCAUCUCGAGACGAGCCUAGCAGAACCUCAUGGACGCGCAAAGUAGCCGCAAAAGCAACAGCAGCAGCAGCAAGAAAAAGGAGCUGAGAUCAUCUGCACUGGACUUGAAUGUUGCUCUCAGUGAAUGUAUGGCAGCUAUGGAUCUGUUUCUAAAUAACAAAUUCCAGGAUGCCCUUGUUUCUCUGCAAACUAAAACAAAGGGGAGUAUGUAUCAUGCAUUGACAUAUGCCACCAUAUUGGAAAUGCAAGCCAUGAUGACUUUUGACUCUCAGGACAUACUGAAUGCUGGAAACACAAUGAAAGAAGCUCAAGCCAUAUGUCAGAAGUUUCGGAAGAAAUCCACCGUGGCCGAUUCAUUCAACAAUUUAGUGCACAGACGCAAUGUUGACCAAUUAACGGAAGAGGAAAUUCAUGCAGAAAUUUGCUAUGCCGAAUGUUUGCUUCAGAGAGCUGCUCUUACAUUCCUUCAGGAUGAAAACAUGGUUAGCUUUAUCAAAGGCAGCAUCAAACUCAGAAACAGUUAUCAAACAUAUAGGGAGCUGGACAGUCUAAUACAUUCUCCCCACUAUGUUAAAGGAGAAAAUCAUCCCCAUUUUGAAGGUGGCGUAAAGCUAGGAGUUGGGGCAUUUAAUCUGACUUUGUCUAUGUUACCAUCAAGGAUUGUACGGUUACUGGAGUUUGUUGGGUUUUCAGGAAGUAAGGAACAUGGUCUGCGACAGCUUCAAGAGGGAGCCUCAGUGUACAGCUUUAGGUCCGUGCUGUGCACUAUGCUACUGCUCUGCUACCAUACCUUCAUGACUUUUGUGCUAGGGACAGGAAAAGGAAAUGUUGAAGAAGCAGAGAAACUUCUUAAGCCUUACUUGGCUCGAUAUCCAAAAGGAUCCAUAUUCCUGUUUUUUGCAGGGAGAAUAGAAACAAUAAGAGGCAAUGUUGAUGGAGCCAUCAAAAGGUUUGAAGAAUGUUGUGAAUCCCAGCAGAAUUGGAAACAGUUUCAUCACAUGUGCUAUUGGGAACUCAUGUGGUGCUUCACAUACAAACGUCAGUGGAAGAUGGCAUACUUCUACGCAGAUCUACUCAGCAAAGAGAACACCUGGUCAAAGGCUACAUACAUAUAUAUGAAAGCAGCUUAUCUCUGUAUGUUUGGACCAGAUGAUCAUAAGCCUUUUGGGGAUGAUGACGUUGCACUAUAUCGGGCUGUGCCUAGUUUGAAGCUGAAAAUAGCAGGAAAGUCCCUCCCUACAGAAAAGUUUGCAAUUCGGAAAUCCCGCCGAUAUCUAUCCUCAAAUCCUGUUCCACUUCCUGUACCUGCUUUGGAGAUGAUGUAUGUCUGGAAUGGUUAUGCAGUGAUUGGGAAGUGUCCUGACCUGACUGGCGGUAUGUUGGAGUGCUUGGCAGAUGCAGAAACAGCCCUGGAAAGGAGCCCAGCUACAGAUUUGUUUGUUGAUGAUCAGUGUGUGAUCAAGUUACUGAAAGGGUUGUGCUUGAAAUAUCUUGGCAAGAUUUCAGAAGCAGAAGAACACUUCACUUACAUUUACUUAAAUGAAAAGAAGAUAAAGUACGAUCAUUAUUUAAUUCCAAAUGCGCUACUUGAACUUGCUUUAUUAUACCUGGACCAAGACAGAAGAGAAGACGCUGUAAAGAUCCUGGAGCAAGCAAAGCAAAAUUAUAAGAAUUAUUCCAUGGAAACAAGAACACACUUCAGAAUUCAAGCUGCUUUGCACCAAGCCAAAUUGUCUGCAGAAAAUGGUGUUCUGGAAGCGGAGGUUUCAUGUUAACUUUUAAAAAAGAAAUACUGUUUGGUAUGCAAACUGCCACAAGAGGACAUUACAGGCAAUAGUUUUAAGGUGGUCUUUAUCAAGUUUAGCACAAAAACGUAUUU